CGUCGGUAACGCUAUAAAUCGCCGUGACCGUCGGAAUUCUUCCCCUUUGCAACUGGACUUUUAGAGAGAGACGCCUGAAAAGAGCCUUAAGAGCCCCGGAAGGUUUGAGCUUGUUAAGAAAGUCUGCUUUGCAAAACUCGCCGAAGAAGCGCUUGCCGACGUCGCCUGCGUUUGAAAGACCUAACAAAAGAUGGAUCCUGGUCAGGACAAGCACCAGCACGGCGACCAGCCGGAAGCUCAUAAAGUUGUGCUUCCGGCAGAUGGGUCCCAAGUGCUGGAGGGACAUCCAGACAAUGUUUCUGAAGACAAGGGAGAGGAGUCACGCUGGACUUCACCUCCAAUCUCAGUGAGUAGUACUACCAGCUCCAGUGAAGGUGAUGUUGGUAAUAACAGUACCAGCAGCUCCAGUGGCAGUGGUACUAGCAGCUCCAGUGAGGACGAGGUUGGUAAUGACUGUACUACCAGCUCCAGUCUUACAGUGGACCGUUCUUGUGCUGUGCUACAGCUGCUUGAAGUUCUUCCUCCAGAACUGACAUUCACAUGUGACAUUGGGAUGGCUCUGAAGCCUCAAGAUGGCAUUUCUCCCUUGAUUUCACUUGAAUUCAUACAUGAAUAUGACAAGUGGGAAGAGACCAUUUUGUGUCCACUGGACUCUAGAUAUAUUGGGAUCUCCCAGCCUUACCAGGUAGGUUUGGAAGAGGACCCGGGUCAUGUGACAUCUGAGACUGGCAGAAACAGGACAAAUGGCAGGGAUUCUGAAGAAGAAGUCCCCACCAAGAAGACCAGGCCAAGAAGACCUCUUGGUGAAGAGGAUCCCCUUUUGUCAUCCCCUGUCAAAACGGGAAUGACAUCAUGCGCCAAGAUCCUCAUGGCGUAUGAUGAUCUUAUUUGGUCAUCCCCUGUCAUCAGUCCCUCAGAUGAGGAUCCUUUUCUGUCCUCCCCUGUCUUAAGUCCCUCACCAUUGGAUUCAAUUUUGGAGGAUCCGAUUUUGCCACCCUCUGUCUUCAGUUCUUCACCAAUACCAUUUGAACAUCACAUUCUGUUAUUCCCUGCCAUCAGUCCCCCACAAAGGCUAGAUUUGAAAGAGGAAGCGGGUCAUGUGACUUCUGCGACCUGCAGAAAGAUGACCAAGGUUAGUGAGGCUGAAGAGGAUCCCCCUGUCAAGAAGAUUAGGCACAGUGUUGCUGAAGAAGAUCCCGUUUUGUCAUCCCCUGUCCUCAUUCCCUCUUGUGGAAUGGCUCGUGAGGAUUUUGUUUGGUUAUCCCCUGACAUUAGUCCAUCACAAUAUAUAUUGGAUGAGGAUCCUUUUCUGGUGUCCACUGUCUUAAAUCCCUCACCAUAGGAUCCAAUUUUUGAGGAUCCAGUUUUUCUAACCUGUGUCUUCAGUCUUUCACCUACAUUGCCAUUUGACGAUCCCAUUCUGUCUUACUCUGUCCUUGGUCCCUCACCAUCAGCUCAUGGCAAAGACUCAAGUUUGUCAUCCUCUGACGACUGUAUCCUGAUGGAGUCUGAAGAGGACAAAGAAGAGGAACCAAUACAGUCAACAUUUGGGAUUGGACCAAACGGAAUUAGAAAAGGAGAGAGUUUCAGACAACCAUGGUUUAGACCUUUCUACACCAUAUCAAGUGACACUGAUUAGAUUGAGAUCUUGAAAAACUGAAGUCCUACUUGAGAAGUCCCAUUAGGACUUAAUUUAUCUGUUGUUUUUGUUAAAGCCAAUAGCUUUCUAGCAGGAUCGAGGAUGCCUUAGGUAGCGUCUUGCACCGGGGCUUUACUUUAUCCCGCUGCUAGUUUUUUCAUUUUAGAUAUUCAGGAUUCUAGCAGGACCGAGGAUGCCUUAGGCCCUUUGCGCCAGGGCUUUUCUUUAUCCCACUGCUAGUUUCUUCAUUUUAGAUGUUAAGGAUGCUAGCAGGACCGAGGAUGCCUUAGGUAGCGUCUUGCACCGGGGCUUUUCUUUAUCCCGCUGCUAGAUUUUUCAUUAUAGAUGUUCAGGUUUCUGGCUGGACAGGCAAUGCUGACUUUUUUACUGUUAAUCAAUGAAUGACUAAAUGCUGGAGAAGGCUAAUUUAAAUGUAUGACAAACAAAACCACACUGCUGAACAUAAAACACUGAAAGGAGUCGGAGACGGCUGGUGGGUAGAAGAUAAAUGCUAAAAGGAAUGAGACAACGCUACAGGAUUAAUACUAAAUCUAAAAUAAUCUUCCAGGGUAAAAAUCAAACCUCAAAACGAUUAAGACAACGCGGUUCGGGACACUAGAAUCAAUAAAAUUGAGACAACACUGCUGCAAAUUAAACUCUUUAAAAUUUAAACAAUGUUUCUGACAGUUCUAAUUUUGAAGACAUGAAAAAACCACAAAUGGAGACACAAUCUAAUCGGUAGAGCUCUGGUAUAAACAAAUUAAAACAGCGGUUUUAAAGUUCUAACCCUUCUAGUCUGGACAUGAUAAAAUCCACAUGGAGUGAUGCGAUUUUACAUAUGAAAUAGUAACUGCAGCGACUGUAACAACGGGAGUUCAUUCAAAUGUUCAAAGAUGUCAAGAGGAAGAGAGAAAUAGGCAGGACCUUUGGGUCCCAGAUAUGAACUGUUGAUCCACCGAUCAAUCAUUUGGUGGCUGGAUUCCAAGACCUUCAAGUCCAAAUGUUAAAAUGUCAUUGAGCAAAACAUUUGAACUCAGGUAAUAAUGGUUUUAAAGGUAAGUAGUGCUGCUGGGAGUCAAACCUAAAAUCUCUUAGGACUGAGAAGAGACGACGCUUUUUGGGACAAAUUCAUCUCUAAGGAUGGAGACAACGCAUCUGCUGACAAACGAAAUCUUUCAAGUAGUGAGAAAUUAAAAUCGUUUAGGACUAAUAUGAUGUCAUGGUGGACACAUUAAAAUGUAGAAGAAUUAAAACAACCCCACAAAGUACAAAUUAAAAUCUCUCAGGAUAAAAGAAAACGACAGAGACAAAUGUUUAGUUAAGGCUUGGUCCGUUCCUCCAUUAAUCCACUCUCCCAGUUUUAAUGUUUCAGGUUUCAGCCGCUCAUCACUGGGUUCUUUCGUGGUUGUCCAUGUGGUUCCUGUCCUCCUGGUUCCUGCUUGUCCAGACUUCUCUGAUCUCCUGAUCAUCCCAGGUUGGAUCUCCUGAGCCCUGAAUCCUCCACCAGUCAGGUGGAGGAAGAUAAGAGAACCCAGUCGACGAAAAAAAUUGACCAACAAUUAAAGCAGGAGACUGGCUCCACCUGCUGUUGUAACAGAUUGUGGAAAAGCGUCACUGAGACAAGACAACAACACUGGACCAAUGAGGACAGCGGAGACGCAGGAAAUCCUGCUGGAAAUCCAGAGAAGAUGCUUCCUGAUGGAACAGGACAAGACACAGCAUAAAGAGACAGAGAUCAUGUGUAAUUCAAGGAUGACCUUUCAGCCCUGGAGCUUCGUGCUUCUGUGUUCAGGCCCUUUAUGUGCAUAAGUGAGGAAAAAGCUGACGUCAGAAAUGUGGGAGGAAAUCUCUGAAGUUCAGCUCAGUGAACAGGGCAGCACUGGACGAUAAGAAGAAACCAGACUGCUAGGAUUCUCCUUUAGACAGACUGUUCCUCGUUUCCUGUUCAAACACUGUCAAAACACCAAAACGAUCAGUUCCAAAAAAGACACGGACUUUGGAUACAAACCUCUUUGGACUUUAUUGACUUCAAAUACAGAAUCACAAAACACAGAUGUGGAUGUCGGCCUGUGCAGGCAGAUGUCAACUUGUGAAACCUCCUCUGUCAAAGUUCUGACUCUGCUUCGUUGUGGUUGUUUGACACACACCUUUAAAUUUUAGACUCAUUUAUUUCCAAGUCCACCAUGCCUUUCAGCCUUCUGGAGUUUCCACAUAGGAUUCCCAAGUCAGUGGAUGCACUAGGCCACUGUCUCUGGACGUCCUCAAACUGUCCCUGAAGGCGGUCACGGCCACAUUGACUGCUUUUGGACUCGGUCUUAAACUGUCCCAAUUCCUCCUGGGAGUCUGGGAACCCACAGCCAAACCAGGAGUAAAAUAUGCACAGGACACACAGUUUAGUUUAUAUUUCCAUUUCUUCAUUCAACUCUCACUACCAACUGCUAUGACUAUUGUUAAAAACUGUUGUGAUGCUUAAUUGUAUUUACAUGUAAAUAUUAGAAAUGAAAAUGUUUGUCAUCAGAAAUUGUUACAAUAAAA